CUGCGACGCCAACUGACAGUCGUGCCCCAGCACUUCAAAGCAACAGACGUGUGUGCAGCGAGUAACCUUUUGAAGCCUUUUACUUUACACCAACUUAAAACGCAGCACAUAACGUAACGCCACACAACGUAACGUAACGUAACGUAACAGAAGUUUAUUAAGAGUAAAGAACCUGUAAAGAGAGUGACAAUAAAACAAAGAGAGAGCUUCGAAAAUGAAUCCAGUUAACAGUGCAGUCCAGAUGCUGCGUCUGCGCAGCUUCGCUGCCAACGCUGCCAACGCCGCCACACGCGCCAUCUCAACGAAUCGACGUCAACGCAACACGGCGACCGUUGAACGCGCCCAGAGCAUCAGUGAACGGGACAAGUUCCUGCACUACAAUGCCGAAGAUGGCUACUACAAGACAUCGCCCUUCGAUCCCAUCAAGGUGCCCAAUGUGCCGUUGCAUGAAUACGUGUGGCGCGACUUCAAAAAGUGGGAGAAUGCCACAGCGGCGGUGUGCGUAAUCACAGAUCGUCAAUAUACUUAUGCGCAGUUGCGUGAUGCGAGCGCCGCUUUUGCUGUUCGUUUGCAGACCAAGUUUAAGCUGGCCAAACCCGAUGUCCUGGCCAUAUGUUUGCCCAAUCUACCGGAGUAUCCCAUCGCCUGUCUGGGCGCCAUUGAGGCUGGCCUCACCGUGACCACAAUUAAUCCCAUCUAUACGCCAGACGAGAUUGCACGCCAGCUGACGUUCAGCAAUGCCAAGUUCCUUGUGGGCAGCGCCCAGGGCUACGGCACCUUGAGGGAGGCGUGCAAGCUGGCGGGCAAACAGUUGCCCAUUGCCGUGGUGCGCUGCACGGCGGACGAAUCGCUGCCGGAGGGCGCCAUCGAUUUCUUCGAGGUGAUGAGCACGGAGAAUGUGCGCUACGAUGAGCUGCGUGCUCCCAAGGAUGCCAGUGCCGACGAUAUAGUCUUUCUGCCCUUCUCAUCGGGCACCACGGGCAUGCCCAAGGGCGUUGUGCUCUCGCAUAACAACAUCAGCAGCAACUGCGAACAGAUCCAGGAGGCGUUGCGCAUCGAUUCCACCGACUUCCAGGACACGCUGCCAGCGGUGUUGCCCUUCUUUCACAUCUACGGCCUCACUGUCGUCAUGCUCUCCAAGCUCGGCGAGGGCGCCCGUCUGGCCACGAUGCCCGCCUUCAAGCCCGACGACUUCAUCAAGGCCCUGGACACCUACAAGGGCAGUGUGUUGAAUUUCGUGCCUCCAAUUGCUCUCUUCAUGAUCAACAGUCCCAAGCUGUCGCAGGAAGUUGCCAGCAAUCUGCGCGUUGUCAUGUCCGGAGCAGCCCCCAUUGGACAGCACGAUGUCGAGCGUUUCCUCAAGAAGUUCCCCAAGACGCGCUUCAUGCAGGGUUACGGCAUGACGGAGGCCUCGCCGGUGAUUCUGAUGACGCCGGAGGGCAACACACGCUACGCCUCGUGUGGCAUUGCGCCGGGCAGCACCGAGUGUAAGAUCGUGCCCCUCGAUGGCAGCGAUUCGAAGGGCGUGGGACCGCGGACAACGGGUGAACUGUGUGUGCGUGGACCGCAGGUGAUGUCCGGCUAUCUGAACAACGAUGAGGCCAACGAGGUGACCUUCUAUCCUGGACAUUGGUUGCGCACCGGUGACGUGGCAUUCUACGAUGAGGACGGAUAUUUCUACAUCACGGAUCGCAUGAAGGAGCUGAUCAAGGUGAAGGGAUUCCAGGUGCCGCCAGCCGAACUGGAAGCCGUGCUGCGCGAUCAUCCCAAAAUCCUUGAGGCCGCCGUCUUUGGCAUUCCGCAUGAACUGAACGGCGAGGCGCCGCGUGCUCUGGUUGUACUGCGUGAGAAUGAGAAGGCAACCGCCGAGGAGAUUGCCGCCUAUGUGGCGGAGCGUGUGGCGCACUACAAGAAGCUCGAGGGGGGCGUCAUCUUUGUCGAUGAGGUGCCCAAGAAUCCCACCGGCAAAAUACUGCGCAAGGAUCUCAAAGCAAAGUUCUCGGACUGAGCCCAUCUAAGCAAUCCCAACGUAUCUUUUAUAGUACUCUAAAGCAGGCACUUUUUUUGUUAUAUUUGUAAAGAUACUUUUUUUUUGUCGUUAGAGAUAUAGUGAAGGAGCAAACGAAUGUUUUGGCUCUCUGCACAUUGCAUUUAGACGAGUAGCCCCAAGGGGGCCACAAUAAUAGUUAGUAGCAAGUAGCGAGUAAUAACUAGCGAGUAGCGAGUAACGUGUAACGAGUGACGAGUAGCGUAAUGCAAGUGUCGCGUGUAAUGGAAAUCUUUAGUCCCAGGCGUAAUCAAACGCUGGAUUGGUCCAUAGUUUGUAAGUUGUCGUAGGGCUAAUUAAGCAACCUAAGUGUGUACCUAUUGCAUUCAGAAUAGAUUCUCGAUUGCACCAUAUCUGGACCUGCAUAAACACCUUUGAGAUACACGUGUCCAAGGACCGGACCUAAGCAUAAGUUCAAAAACGAUCAAUAUACUGUUAAUCUAUGUAAUACGAAGGCGGGAUGAUAAAUGAUCGAAAUCGAAAUCUAUUUUAUCCUAAAUGAUAUCCUUAUGGAGCCCUUUUUUGGUGCUAUUUGCCAAUUUCAACCAUUUUUAUAAUAAUUGAUAAAGAAUAAAUUUCUUAUCCAAUCCGAUCAUUUAUCAGCCUGUCCUCGUAUAUCUAUUUUUUUUUUUUGUUAUUAGUAAGUUAGUUUUUUAGGAUACGAAUAAAACGAUAUUGAUUAUUGAUACAAACGCA